UCAGAGAGAAGACUGGCUGCCCUACAUGGGGUUUGGUUUGUCUUUUGCCACUCAACUCGCUGUACGGUGUGCAUGGCCGCCAUUACCUGACCAGCGCCCCGGCCGCUCCCUCUGCAGCGCCGGCCGCCGUCGUGCCGCCGCAGGGGUCUCCGCUCUUCACAGGGCAGCUCUCUCAUCUGCAUCUCGUGGGAAGUGGCUCUCGCCCUCGGGGCAUGGGCCGAAAGCAGAACUAAGUGCCUGAAGCCUUCGCUGUUGAGGAUGCGGCUGAGGUGGACCCAAGGGGGCAACAUGUGGCUGGGAGUCCUGCUGACACUUCAGCUCUGUUCAAGCCUUGAGGGUCAAGAAAACUCUUUCACCAUUAACAGCAUCCAGAUGCAGAUGCUGCCCGGGCAGGAGGUGCGUAACGGGGAGAACCUCACGCUGCAGUGCAUCGUGGAUGUCAGCACCACCUCGAGUGUCAAGCCUCAGCACCAGGUGCUGUUCUAUAAGGAUGACGUGCUGUUUCACAACGUCUCCUCCACGAAGAACACAGAAAGUUAUUUCAUUUCCAAAGCCCGGGUCUAUAACUCAGGGACAUACAAAUGCACUGUGAUUCUGAACAACAAGGAGAAGACGACUGUGGAAUACAAGGUGGUCGUGGAAGGAGUGUCCAAUCCCAGGGUGACACUGGACAAGAAGGAGGUGAUCGAAGGUGGAGUCGUGAAGGUCACUUGUUCUGUCCCAGAGGAAAAACCUCCAGUACAUUUCAUAAUUGAAAAAUUCGAACUAAAUGUAAGAGACUUCAAGCAAAGAAGAGAAAAAACUGCUAACAACCAGAAUUCUGUGACGCUGGAGUUCACAGUCGAGGAACAAGACCGUGUUAUAUCAUUCUCCUGUCAAGCUAGUGUCGUAUUUGGGACCCGCGUGGAGAUCUCUGAUUCCGUCAGGAGUGACCUGGUCACCGUGAGGGAAUCCUUCUCUAAUCCCAAAUUCCACAUCAGCCCCAAGGGAGUGAUCAUAGAAGGCGAUCAGCUCCUCAUCAAGUGCACCAUUCAAGUGACACACCAGGCCCAGUCGUUCCCAGAAAUCAUAAUCCAGAAGGACAAGGAGAUCGUGGCGCACAGCAGGAACGGCAGCGAGGCCGUGUACUCAGUGAUGGCCACAGCGGAGCACAACAGCAACUACACGUGCAAAGUGGAAGCCAGCCGCAUUUCCAAAGUCAGCAGCAUCAUGGUCAACAUAACAGAGCUAUUUUCCAGGCCAAAGCUGAAAUCUUCCGCCACACGCCUGGACCAGGGUGAAAGCCUGAGACUCUGGUGCUCCAUCCCAGGAGCACCUCCAGAAGCCAACUUCACCAUCCAGAAGGGAGGCAUGAUGAUGUUGCAGGAUCAAAAUCUCACCAAGGUAGCCUCAGAGCGGGACAGCGGGACAUACACCUGUGUUGCAGGCAUCGGCAAGGUGGUCAAGAAAAGCAAUGAGGUCCAGAUAGCUGUGUGUGAAAUGCUUUCCAAGCCCAGUAUCUUUCAUGACUCCAGGUCUGAGGUGAUAAAAGGACAGACCAUAGAAGUCAGUUGUCAAUCCAUAAACGGAACCUCGCCCAUUUCCUACCAACUUUUAAAAGGAAGUGACCUUCUGGCGAGUCAGAACAUGAGCUCAAACGAGCCCGCGGUUUUCAAAGAUAACCCAACCAAAGACGUGGAAUACCAGUGCAUCGCCGAUAAUUGCCAUUCCCACGCCAGCAUGCCCAGCAAAAUUCUGCGGGUCAAGGUGAUAGCCCCAGUGGAGGAAGUCAAGCUCUCUAGUCUCAUGAGCGAGGAGGUGGAGUCUGGGCAGGCCAUUGUGCUUCGAUGCUCCGUGAAAGAAGGAUCUGGCCCCAUCACGUACAAGUUUUACAAAGAAAAGGAGAACAAGCCCUUCCACCAAGUCACCUUGAAUGACACCCAGGCCAUUUGGCACAAGCCAAAGGCUAGCAAGGAUCAGGAGGGACAGUAUUAUUGCCUGGCCUCCAACAGAGCCACCCCUUCCAAAAACUUCCUCCAAAGCAAUAUACUGGCAGUCAGAGUCUAUCUUGCCCCCUGGAAGAAAGGACUCAUCGCAGUGGUUGUCAUCGCAGUGAUCAUUGCUGUCUUGUUACUUGGGGCCAGAUUCUAUUUUCUCAAGAAAUCCAAGGCCAAGCAGAUGCCCGUGGAGAUGUGCAGGCCAGCAGCACCACUUCUGAACUCCAACAAUGAGAAGACAUUGUCAGAUCCCAAUACUGAAGCCAACAGACACUAUGGUUACAAUGAAGAUGUUGGAAACCAUGCAAUGAAACCAUUAAAUGAAAACAAAGAGCCUCUGACCUUGGACGUGGAGUACACGGAAGUAGAAGUGACCUCCCCUGAGCCUCACCGAGGUCUGGGAACAAAGGGCACGGAGACAGUGUACAGUGAAAUCCGGAAAGCUGACCCUGAUUUAGUGGAAAACAGAUAUUCUAGAACGGAAGGCUCCCUUGAUGGGACUUAGGACCGCAGAGCAGACGCUCCUCUCCGGGAGGACACCGCAUUCCGAGAAGAGCGGACAGUCCCUGUGUUCCAAGAGUUUUGCGCACUUAUUUAUGAACCUGCCCUGCUCCCACUGAAUGUAGCAGUUCCUCAGGCCAAGUCACCACUUCUUCAAUCCAUCUUAGCUACAUUUAUGCUGGGUAUAAAGAGAGAACGGUGGGGCUGGUUAAUUUCCCACCCGGCCCACCUCCCACCACAUUGGAGCAUCCCUGGGAGUGGAGAGCAGCUGCCGGAGGUUCAGAGUAAACUGGCCAUGGGGAUACUUUGAAACUUGAAUAUUUUGUCUUGUACAGAGAUAAAGAACUUUUCCAAGUACCCUGAUACACGGAAACCAGUAUCUGAUUUAUAGUCAAUCACUUCUAGCGAAUGGCCUGGCGUAGGGGCUAGCUUUUCUCUUUGCCUGUGGUCCUUCUGAGGUCUGUGGUUCUAGGCAGUCCUUGUUUCUUGGAAGUACCGGGCAUGGACUUGACAGCUGCACCCUGUCCCCUCUGUGACCUCACCUGCCACAAAUGCGAAAACAGAGCUGCUCGGGCACGACCCCUUUGAGAUGCCGACUUGAAGACAAGGUUCCUUCUGGGCGAUGCACCAAAUUGAAAAUGAAGUUGGACGAAGCACAGAUGUUCUUAAGCUGUUUUUCUCUCCCCUUUCUUUCUCUUUCUCUACCUGCUGAGGGCUAAAGGAUGGGAAGAUGGUAGCCUACAGUAAAUACUUUUUUUAAUAGAAAAAGGAAAUGCAUAUUUUUCUUACUAAUUUUUAAAAAUGUAUUCCUUGCUAAAGGAAUGGUCUCCCGAGAUCUUCCGACGUUUCUGAUGGUGUCUUGAGUGGAUGGACGGUGGGCUGCAGUGGGACCGCCCCAGUGAGCACACCUAACCGAAACCACUUCCCCUGUCCUCCUCGGCGACACAGUCGCAGGGACCCGGCAGGGUGCUGUAUUAAAUAAAUUUGAUCUUUACUCUUCA